UAUGCGAGUGUUCAGUGGAAAGGUGCGGCAUCACUAAUGGUGGCGAGUUAGAACCUGUUGUUCCUCCACACUGAGCUCAUUUCCUUCUCGGAAGAACUCACCGACUCAGCAACUACAUGUACGUUCUGGCCAACAUGGAUCCAGCGGACCUCACCCGUCUGAGAACGGCCAUCCAGAAGCAAGGGACUCUUCUUGGGACCCAUCAACAAGACCUCCAGCCGAUCACCCAGAACCUCGCCACUCUGUCCAACUCACUCAACCUCCUCACCACACAGAUGCAGCGCUAUCAAGCUGUGCCUACCCCUGCCCAGCCAUCUCCUACUUCCGCUCCUGCCACUGCUUUUCUCCGCGAGCUGAGACUCCCAGUGCCUCAGCCCUACGAUGGAGAGCCAGAUACUUGCAGAUCGUUCCUAUCUCAAUGCUCAUUGAUCAUGGAGCUGCAACCUCUGACCUUCCCCACAGAAUGUUCCCGGAUGGCAUAUAUCAUCACGCUCCUCAUCAGCAAGGCCAGGGAGUGGGGGACAGCGGUCUGGGACGCUGACGCUCCUGUUUCAAAGAUUUCUCCGAAGAGAUGAGGCAAACUUUCGACUGCUCUCUGUCUGGCCGGGAGGCGGCUACGGAACUUAUGGAGCUGCAGCAGGGGUCCCGGUCUACCUUGGACUACACCAUCGAGUUCCGGACGAUGGCGGCGUUGUGCGGUUGGAACGAGAGCACCCUGGUCGACGCGUUCCUGCAUGGCUUGUCUGACGCCAUUAAGGAUGAGCUGGUAUCGCGGGAACUGCCGUCAGAUCUCUCCAGUCUCAUGGACCUCACCAACCGCAUCAACGCCUGGAUCCAGCAAUGGAGGAGAGAGAAGACCCGUCCCAGCUUCACCUCCUCUCCACCUCCUGCCUCGUCCGUCGAACCCAUGCAGGUAGACCGGGUACGGGUGUCAGUAGAGGAAGUCAAGUCAAGUUUAUUUAUAAAGCACUUUAAAAUCCAACAGAGGCAGCUGACCAAAGUGCUGGACAAGCAGGUAAAAAGACUUGAGGACACCGUAAAACACAAAGAUGCGGAGGCCAUCCACAUCGGAUCUGCUUUAAUAUCAACAGAUCUUCAUUUAAGGUACGUGAAUCUUUUCAUCAUGGCACACCUUCAGCCUGUUCAGUGUGCUGAGUGCAGGAUGUUUAGUUAUUCUUCCUCCGUCACUAGCGAUAGCUUUAUUAGCUUUAUUUGUGAUAAGUGCAGAUUAGUUAGCUCUCUGACGAAGAAGAUUUCAGUGCUAGAAGUGCAUGUCCAGGCUUUAGAGCAGGUUAGUGAGAGUGAGAACAGUGUAGUUUCUGUAGGGGAAAGUCGGGAUGCCCUAGAUGGAGUUAGUAAUCCCCCAACUCCGGCAUUAGAGCCCUUACAGCGGGGCGAAUGGGUGACAACUCGGUGGCAUAAGCGUAGAGCCAAAGCUACCGCUGAGGCUCGCCCACGGGAGCACCACUCCUCUCUGCGUCACGUGCCGAACAGGUUUGCUCUCCUUAGUGAUGCACCUGCUGAGAAACCUGAAAGAGCUCUGGUUAUAGGGGACUCUAUCAUACGGCACGUGAAAUUAGCUCAGCCUUUAGGGGCACCAGCAGCUUUAGUCAGGUGUAUACCGGGAGCCAGGGUGCCGGACAUAGCAGGUAAUCUUAGGGUCCUAGGCAAGCACAGGUUCUCGAAGAUAGUUAUCCAUGCAGGAGCUAAUGAUAUACGCCUUCGUCAGUCUGAGGUUACUAAGAGUAACUUUGUAGAGGUGUUUAAAUUAGCGAAGGCGAUGUCCGAUGCUGUAGUAUGCUCUGGCCCCAUCCCAAUGUGGCGUGGCGAUGUAGCUUACAGCAGGUUAUGGUCGCUGAACUGCUGGUUGUCCAGGUGGUGCUCUGAAAACAGUGUGGGCUUCAUAGAUAAUUGGGCUAAUUUUGAGGGCACUGCUGGCCUGUUAGGGCGGGACGGUAUCCAUCCCACUCGGGAAGGUGCUGCUCUCAUUUCCUGCAGCAUAGGUCAUAGUCUCAGAACAGGCCUAGUUAAUUUCUGACAAUCCAGAGCCAAGGCCAGGGAG